CAUCUUUCCUUGCUGCCAUACAUCCGUGCUCUACUAACCGCUCCGCCAUGUUGGUGACCGAUAAAGAAACCCUCAACCCCGCUAUUCCGGAACUGCGUUCAAAAUCCUUGGUAAAGCGGCCGUGUCGAGCGAACGAAGGGCAGUAAUUAUAACCAUCUCAUGUACUCAUCGAAUGGCAAAGAUUCUUUUUUUUUUUCAAGUACAAUAAUACCACAAUGGCUGAAGCGCAUACGCAACUGUUUUUCUUUACUCAGAUUAAGGCCAACCCGAAUUCAACAAUUCGAAUUCCGGAAAUCUCUCAUGCAUGGGAAAAGUCCGGUGGCUUGGUCUAUAUUGUCUUGGAGCACAUCGAUAUUGAGCAUUUUGCAUCAGAUGAGCAGCGAUCCCAAGCAAUAACUGAACUCAUCUCCAUCAAACCACCGCCUGGGAGGUUUGGAGGCUUUAGUGGGGAGCGUAUUCGACACCCGUUCUCCAACGACGGAAAAGCUUACAUUAUCUCCGGUAGGCAACUAGAAGCAUUCGUUAACCGGGUCCUCACAUUUCUCCCAGACGCCAACAACUGUUGUAAGACUGUAGAUUUUAGCAGCAAGCCAUUGGUCUGCUCUAAGCCGAUAUGUAUCGAGAAAACUUCCCUGUGGAUAGCAGCGGUGAGCUCCGGGCGGUUGAUUUUCAAUACACAGGCGUCUUACCCGCCAGUUUCAUGAGUUUUGUUGUGGAUACAGAAUCCAAGCAUACAUUGCCGGGACCUAUCAGGAAGACAAUCCCGGUUAAAAGAUCAAAGAACCUCAUACCCAUGGCUCGGGCUUGCAAUCUUCUCCGGAUGGCUGUUUCUAAUUUCUGUGUGGUCUAUAUCUUUAAGUUCUAACGAAGACUCAAAAACACUACUGACGGUUACCAAAUAUAGGCCACGACGGUGCUGAUCAGAAGUUACAACAGCAGCGAUGACCUCUUCAGAAUUACCACGUAGUCGUAUACUUUGCACAAAUUUUACGUGCCAUAUGGAAUAGGGUUCAUUUUCACUAACAUCCACUGUCAAGCGGUCACGCCCAAGCGACCAAUGGAUCUUAAAUAAGGGAAAUAUGUAAGUUAAGGCAGAAGUUUGAUAAGUACUUAAAACCCUCGUUAUAGAUCAUUGCGCGCCACGGAGUCAAACUUCCACAUGAAUCUCCCAUCGAACAGGGUGACCCGAAGUAACCCUAGGAGACCUCUUGAUUGCAUCCAUCACAUCCCCGCCUAGCACCUGCGCACCCGCAGAUUGAAUUUUACUAUUCUCGGCCGCGUAAGUGCGGCUUGCCAUUGACUUUCCAUCUCACUUCAGCGGAAAGUGUCGUGCCUCGAUGGAGCGCAGGGGCAUGUUCUUGGGGAUUCAGCGUCGCGGAUCAGAGUUGUGACCUCGAGGGGCUGGAGCAUGACAUUUGCGAAUAUUCUGGGAGGGAGAAAGCCGUGCUUGAAAGGAUAGGUAGUUAACAUUAGUAUGCCAGUUACAUAUGAGCAAUUCCUCACGGUAG